AUGCAGCUUACCAAGCCCCUCCUGGUAUUCGCGCUUUAUGCGUUUAGCGCUCAGCACGCGCUGGCUGUGCCUGUCAAUCCCGAGCUUGGCGCUACGGGCGUCGAGAAUAUCGCCCUUAAAACAGGAAGCGGUGAUAGUCCAAGUGACCCUAUCAAGGCAGACCUUGAGGUCAAAGGCCAGAGUGCUUUACCAUUUGACGUCGAUUGCUGGGCUAUCCUGUGCAAGGGCGCUCCUAAUGUCCUGCAGCGUGUGAACGAAAAGACGAAAAAUGGCAAUCGCGAUCGGAGCGGCGCAAACAAAGGGCCUUUUAAAGAUCCUCAGAAAUGGGGCAUUAAAGCCCUUCCACCUAAGAAUCCGUCAUGGAGCGCACAGGACUUCAAAUCACCUGAAGAAUACGCGUUCGCCUCUUCCCUUCAGGGCGGAACAAAUGCUAUCCUUGCACCCGUCAACCUCGCUGCACAGAACUCCCAAGGUGGUGUCCUAAAUGGUUUUUACUCCGCCAACAAAGUAACCCAGUUUGAUCCUAGCAAGCCCAAGGAGACUAAGGGUACAUGGUUCCAGAUCACUAAGUUCACUGGUGCUGUUGGUCCUUACUGCAAGGCCCUGGGAGGCAAUGAUAAGAGUGCCUGUGAUAAGAACAAGAAUGUUGCAGGGGACUGGGGCUUUGACCCGGCGAAAUGGGCAUAUCAGUAUGACGAGAAAAAUAACAAGUUCAACUAUGUUGGUAAGUAA